UGGAAUGAAAACAAACAACAACAAAUCCACAUCACUGCUCCGAAGUCGGAUUUAAAACCCCCACGAAACUCAUUAAAAGCCAGGUGAAAUACCAUUUGGACACAUUCUGGAGACAAGACAGGUGAAUCAGCAUGAGUGGCAAGUGGUUGGUGGUCCUUUUGGCCGGUGUCGUGAUCCUGGGAAGCCUGCAAGAGGCAGCGGCCACUGAAACGGAGAACAAAACCCAUGAAUUCGUGGCCACCAAGGAAUGGCAGGUGAUUGCAGAAGGUCAGCCCAUCCCCAAAGGCCUCCACGUGCGCAUCAACCUGCAGACGGGACUCAAGGAAGCCAAACUCUUGGAUGAAAGCGAACGUGGCACUGCACUGCAGAGUCAGCCGGAAGAAGAGAAGAUCGAGCAUCAGGAUCAGGAUCAGGAUAAUGAACCCCUGGCGCUGGACUACAAGCCGGACAUCAUCGAGGAGUCGCUGCGUCGCGUGAAGGAGCAGAAGAAGAGCUACGCGGAGCUGCGCAAGGCCUACAAGGAGUUCCAGAAGAACUUUCGCACGGACGGCGAGCUGAUUGUCCAGCUAAUCGAUCAAUAUCGCAACUUCAGCAAGACGCCGCAGGAGUCGGAGAUGCGCUCCAAGCUGGAUUGCCUGGAGAAUCUGGAGUAUCUGCUGCAUCAGAUCGACAAUGCAUUGAUGUUCAUCGAUAAUGGAGGAUUGGACGAUGUCCUACUGCCCAUUGUGGUCAACGAUACGAACACCUCGCUGAGGGUCUCGGCCAUGCGAGUGUUGGGCUCCCUCGCGAGCAACAAUCCCAAGGCCCAGAUCAAGGUGUUCGAGAAGAACUUUGGCUCGCAUCUGGCCCAGAUCCUGACCAGCUCCGGGAAUGCGGCAGAGAUAUCCGCCGCUCUCCAUGCCUUUGGAGCUCUGCUGCGGAAAUUUCCGCUUGCCCAGCAGCGAGUGCUCUCCACAUCGGGCACACAGGCUCUGAUCAAGGUGCUGCAGAGUUCGGAUGUGGAGCUGCGCAGCAAAGCCAAGGUGGUGACCCUCAUCAGUGAUUUGGUGCUGGAGAAGCGCUCGGUGCUGGAGGCCAACAAAGAUGCGCCCGAAGCGGCCAGCACGAUGGCGCAAUAUGUGCUCCUGGAGUUCGAGCCCUGGCUGAAAUCACAGGGCUAUUGUCCAGCGGUGGAUAGUGUCCUCACCAAGGACUUUCUGCAUCUUCUAGAGCAACCAGAGGUGGUGGAACAGUUUGCCACUGCCCUGGAAACCACCGAGGAUCUUUGCCUCGACUCCUGGUCGCAAAGUUCGGGCCUCAGGCACGCCCUGUUAACCGUUCGCAAUCGAUUUGCCAACAGCAAGGACGAGUACCGACUGGAGGUCUCCCAGAUCGUGGCCAAACUGUGCGAGAGAUUGUUCAACAAGCCCAAACACACCGAACUGUAAUCCUAGCCAAUUUACUUUCUAAAAGUUUUAGUUAGCUGUAAGCUCAGUUUGAAUGUAAUUCGUAGCCAAAAACCACAGACCCCAAAUGUUCAGGUUAAGUGAGUGAUAACUAAGUUGCCAAGUACUUGUGAUGCGAAAAUAAUGCUCCUUUUGCGAAAAAGUAUACACUUUGUCAUUAAUAUAAGAAAGCUACUUAUAAAUAUGAUUUUUUUUUCGCAAGCUAGGUUCGAUAAUAAAAGUUAAU